AUGAAUAACUAUGAUACUUUAAAACAAAGAGAUCAAGUGUCUCACUUUGCCGCAAACAAACAGAAUAGUGCUCACGAUCUGUUUCAACAAAAGGAAGAAAAAGAUUUUAGAUCAAAACUAUUAGGGUUUGUUGGCAAUGAGUGUGUGGUCCUUGAGUCCUUGCUACUUUUGAAUGAUCCAUUGUAUGGUGCUCUUCAUUCAAAGAACAAUGUCCCUAUUCCUGAUUCUGGAUGCAACGUCCAAGCUUUUAGGGAAAUCGUCCCAAUGAAGAAAGUAAGAAGUGGUCGAUCAAAGAGAAUAGAUUACAACAUUCUUUCUUCAAAGUUUAAGGUUACUUCUUGUACAAGCAACAAUGAGGAGGUUGGAAAAAUAAUAGUCAAGGAAAAAACAAGUGAAGGGAUCAAGUAUAUCAAGAAAAGAAAAGCAAUGGGUGAAAGAUCAAGGAAUUCGUUGAAGAAAUUCAAGAAUCCUGAGAAAGAAGAGGUGCAAGAAGACCAACCCGAUCUUCCAUUAUCGUUUAAAGAAAAAAUUGAACAAAUGGAAGGUAAUGAUGUGAAGUUGGUGAUCCAGAAGAAAUUGACCAUGACUGACGUGACACGAAACAACGGUCGAUUAUCCAUUCCAAUAGGUAAGAUUAAAGAGAGUAGUCUUUUGACAGAAGAGGAGGGAUUGUCUUUGGAUUAUGUGCCUCAAAAGAAAGGGACGCGGAAGCUUGAAGGUAUGUCCGUAUCUAUGUUGGAUACUAAUCUUAAACUUUGGGAUAAAAUGUGCUUCAAGAAGUGGAAAAUGGGGAAAUCCGAGGUCUACAAUAUCACAGGUGCAUGGUACAAACUUGUGGAACAAGAUCAAAAGAUACAACUUUGGUCUUUUAAAAGAGACAAUCAUCUCAAUUUUGCACUCGUCAAACUUUAG